CACAAACAUUGAUUAUUUUUUCAAACGUUAAAAAAAUAUUAUGAGUUUCAAAUAUAUUUUCAAAGUAAAUUUAUUUUAUAUUGUUCUGACUUCUUUCCAUAAUUAUUUCAGUUAUUGCCAAGAACCAUUUGAAUCCAUCUCUAUCCCCGUUAUUUUAAAUCCCGUUCUAUUUCAAUUAAAUGAGAAAGAGGAUGAUUUCAUAAGCCUAAAUUUUUUAUUUCCUCGACAAAAUAUUUAUGAGGAAAACACAACUUUCUUUGAAGAAAACUUUAAGAACGUAUUAGACAAAGUAGCAUGUGCAAAAAAAAAUCAAAUUGAAGUUGUGAAGGUUGAACGUCAACCUGCGGAAGUUACAGUAAAAAUCAACAAACCCAUGAAAGGACCUAAACCUCAUAUUGUUUAUUCAAGAAUUCGUGAAUUUAUAAAUACCGACUAUAAUUUUUUAUUGUACUUAUUUGCACCAAGUAACGCAUUUAAAUUAUACAAUUGGUUAGGUCUCAUUCAUUCAGGUUGCUCUAAGAACGUAACCCAACAUGAGAUUGUUGAUUAUAAAAAUACAACAGUCUCCAAAUCACACUCCAGUGACAGAAAAAAACGUGAAGAAAGUUCAGUACAAAAGAACAAAACUUCAACUGAACUGCUUAGGAAAAGAAGCAACACAACUGAAGAAAACACCAUUCAUGACACACAUGUCAGAUUUCAAAAAAAUCCUGAACAACAAGUAUUCUCAGGUCUUCUUAAUUCAACGUCAACACGUCAAAACGAAACCCUUUUAGAAAAAAAAUUUUACGAUUUAUCCAAGCGAAAUGCUUUGUUAAACAAAGAAGUGGAGGAAAGAUUUUUCCCUCGUACCAAAACACAAGCUUUUGUGACAACUGAAAACGUUAAUUCGACUCUUUAUAGAACUACAGGAAAUAGAAAAAAGGGUUUACCGAUUAUUUCAGAAACUGAGCCAAUUUCACAAAUGGAUGAAAAAGUAAAAGAGAACAUUCCAUUUUCAAAAGUGAGGGCUACAGGUGUGCUGCAAAACGAAAGAAGCACUAACAAGGACAGGUUAAGCAGUAACGUGUCGUUGUCACCGCAUAUAACAACAUCAUCAGUCGAUAAAAAUGAUGAAACUAAAGUCGUUUACCGAACAGUCAAUGCGUUAGCCCCUGUACCAGGCGGUAGUGAGGGCGUUGAAGAAGAACAAAUAGGAAUUAUUUUUUUCAGUGAUUUUGUAGACACCAACGACUUGGCGGAAUCUUCCGAACAAAGGAACUAUACCGAUUCAGAACAAAUCGAGUUGUUUUUUUUUGACGAAAAUGGAAAUGGAACCAAUGAAUUGCUUGAAAGUGACUUGUCCACAAGUGAUAACAUAAAAGUAUUUGCCAAAAAUGGAUCAUUGGAGGACAAACCGUCAUUUCCUCAUAUUACAAAUAGCACUUUGCGAAUACAAUACAUACCUUUGGAAAUGGCCAACAAUGGGUCUAUGGUUGUUGUUAAUGAUGCGAGCAAUGUUUUCACGGAAAACGUUUUUGACACGUUUUCAGAUUCCGAUACUGAGAAUAGUAACAAAGAUGCGUUAAACCAAUUGUACAAUGUCAAUUAUGGUUUGAAAAAAGCGAUAACUGCGUGGAUGGCAUCUAAUUUUAAACAAGGACUCAAUUACAAACGAAACAAUUACACAGGUUUACUCUAUGAUUAUUGCAGUAAUAAUUGUAGUAAGAAAAGAAUAAGAAACGCACAAAGUCGUAAGCAAGAUACUUCUUUUAAAGAUACACUCAGCAAUUUUGUUGACCCGACCGAAAAUCUUGCAAUUCCUGAUAGAACUUCUUCUGCAAACACUCCUAUCCAACCCACAGUCUCUCCAAGUUCUAAUACCCAACAAAAAUUAGACAGUGGCGAAAACACCACCACAAUUCAAUUAUCUCCAGUGCCUAAUGGAAAAAAAAAUGACUCUAAAACAUCCGACGAAAACCAACAGUCUGGCAAUGAUAAUUCCGGAGACGAUGAGGAUGCUUUAGGCCCAACUGUCGAAACGAACACGGAGACUGAAAACACAUCCACAACCACAAGUAGUCCUCAAGAAAUGAGCACAACUUCAACGACGCCUCAGCCAACUUCCACAAGUACGUCAACUCAAAGUACUACAACUACAACCACAAGUCCGACUUCCACAUUUAGUGCCCCUCCCCCUACCACGAAACCUUUAGAAAAUUUUGUUUUUGAUAACUUAUUUUUAAAAAAUAUUAUUCCCAGUUUAGAUUUCACUCAAAUUCCUCAAAUGUUGCUUAGUUUUCUUAGCGGCCCCGUUAGUUCUCGUAUCUCAAUUUAUAAUUCCAAUUCUUCGUCAACAGAUUCUUUAGAUGUUAUAAAAAAUAUGACGCAAAACGUGCUUAACGUUUUCAACAAGACAUUAGAACCAUUUUUAUCUUCACCUAAUAACGAAAAUGUUCACUCCCCAGCUGACGAUUCACAAAACUUAAAUGAUUUUUUUGUAGUUUCAGAAGAUCCUAUUUUAAAAAAAAAAUUUUCCGACUUUUUUAAUGUCUUUAAACCAUUUUCUUUUAAAAAUUUUAUGGAUAUUUUUUCUUAAGCUGUUGUGUUACAAUCGAGGUAUCUCAAGAAUAAAACCUUCACGUCAUGGAGUCGCUGAGGUAGAAAAAGAAAAAACGAGAGGUCAUUUUUUUUCCUUUUAAAUGGACUCCUUGCCACUGAAAAUAUAGAAAUCCUUAACGUGCUAGAAUAUAAUUAUUCCCGUGUUUGAUUCUCAAUUUAAUUUUUUUUUUGUAAUGGUUAAUUAUUUUGAAACUAUAGAUUGUACCUCCUAUUUAGGUAUCAAAAACAGUCUUUUACAAGUAGCUCACUUGAACAGUGAUAGAAAUGAAAAUCUAACAGAUGGUAACGAUCAUGUUCCCAUUCCGCGUUGAUCCUUUGAUCCAAACUCAGACAUCGUCGAGGUAGUAAAUGAUUAUUUAAGAGUUUCAGUGCGGUUCACAAAUCAAAUCAUUUACAAAACAACAAACGACUUAUUAUGGAGUUGAUUAAAAAAUUUAAAAUACUUUGAUAAGAUGGCACUUCGCUUUAGGUUGGAAAUGGACGAGAAAGAUGCAUGCUUUGUUACGAUUUUUUUUAAAAAUGUGGCGUCAUCCAAAGACCGUUAAAACCAAAAAAUAAUGUUAAACUCACACGAAAGUGCUAUUGGUCCUUGCUAAAAAAAAUCAACACAUUCGCAGGGCCGAGGUAGGUCGAGAGAUAAUGGAACUGUUUUUUUCUAAUGAAGAGAAAAAGGAUAGGUUAGGUCAGGGAAGAGGCACAAGCGUGACAGUGUCUCGAAACGUUUGUUAUAAUCUAAAAAAUAUUUAUGCUCCGGAGGGCUUUAAUGCACAAUCAACAGUAUUGGCGUGUGGAUUCCCAGGAAAUACAACCGAGAUUGAAUGUCGCGAUUUCAUGUCUUGGAUUGCACCGAUCGUUUUUGUAGAAAGAGUUGUUUCCUUUGGAUCAGAAGCAAAUUUUGUUAUCGUUUUUGCAUCUGAUGAUCAAGCUCAGUAUGUAGCACGUCAAUCAUACGUUUACGAUGACAAGUUAACUGAAAUUGUAUGCCGCCUCGUCGAUGAAAGGCCUACUUUAUGGCAAUCUUUCUUAUCCAGUGUAACAAAUGUCUCUUGUUAUUUAGAAAAAACCAACCAACGUUGUGUUUUGUUAAAUUUUAAUAAAAACACGAAUUUUUUUACAUUUGGGUUUAUUCUAGAUUUCUUCCGAAAGAAGCGCUGGUCAUCGAAACAUUGUUUUAUCCAAUACAGGGACUCCUGUCCGCAAUUAUAAUAAUAGUACUGGUAAUGGUGCGAUAGAAAGUUGGAACCAGUUAAUAAAUAAUGAAAAUGUUCAAAAAAUUAAAGAGAAUGUUUCCCAAUUCGGAUCGCAACUUAUGGAACAAGUGGAAUCAACAUAUACUCAAAUGUCUGCUAAACCAAAUUAACUUCAAAGAAAUUUUUUUUAUAAUUUAUCUGGUUAAAUUGUUUUGUUGAAAAAAAAAAGUUCACCUUUCUAAUUUUGUUAACAUAAAAAAUAGCAUUCGAUUUUAAUUAAAGAAAAAAAAAAUUCAUAAAAAUUUAUAUAAAGUAAUAAAAAAAUAAUAAAACAAAUUACUUGAUUUAAAUAAUUAUUUUUUCGUUGCAAGGUCUACAAAAAACAUUUUGUGUCGUACCCCUUUCAUUUUG